UGUAUUCCAGUCGACGCCAUCGCGGCUCCACAUUCACUUAACACCACUAUCCAACGAGAAAACAUCUAAACAACAAACCUUUUUUCACCACACAAUCAUUUUAUCAGCCGUCAAGAUGCGCUUCAACCUCCCUACCGUUCUUCUCGCCAACCUGGCCCUCAGCAGUGCUGCCGCCAUCCCCAAGCCUGUUGUCCAGGAGCGCGGCCUCAUUGGUUCCAUCCUCCAAACUCUCGGCUGCCUAACUGGUCAGAACGCCAAAUCCGCUGCUGCUGGUCACGCUUCCUGGAUCGGCAACGACGGCGACUAUGUCACCGAGUUCAACAACGAGUCCGGCGAGGACCUUGUUCUCGUCAUGUGGGGACCCGUCGGUUCAUGGGUUAACGCCGUCGCUCCUCUGAUCACCUAUCAAAUCACCAACGGCAGCUCUGUCAACGUUUCCACUGCCACUGGUACCUCCGGCGGCUGGGCCGCCCUCUACGAGGACACCAAGAUGAUCAACGGACAAGUCUCCAACACCUGGGGUGAAUUCACCUACAACGGCCAAUACUCCACCGUCGAUGUCUCCCGUCUCGUCAACAUGAACGGCCGUAACAUGACCAUUGAGGGCGCCCAGUGCGUUUCCGACAUGGAACAGUGUGUCUUCACCUGCGACUCCGGUGACUCAUGCGAAUUCGGCUACACUCUUGAGAACUGCUCUUCCCAGCCUGGUGCUCAGUCUGGCAUGUACGCCGGUGCCGCCAGCGGUGGCUGCUUCGUUGGCCAGAACAACAACUUCGUCCGCACCACCUUCUCAUAGGUGCAGAAGUAACAUCAUUUUCUUAACGACUGGAUCUUCAUCCGCAACCAAACAACAAAACGACUACUUCUCUUCGAAGCUUCAUGUAUAUAACCCC